UUAUUAUUAUUUUUUUUCCCUUUCUUUCUUUCUUGUUUUUUAACUUCUUCACAAAAUGGUCCUUGCACUGAAAGUUCCACCAGGGCUUUGAAUUACAUAAUCCAAUUUCCAUAUUUUAUAAGUUAACGUGUGUUUUUAUGUAAACAUAAUUCUCAAGAACAAGAAGGGAAGCAAAAGUCUUAAUAUCGCCAAAACAGAACUAAAUAAUAUGAAGUAAGCACCUGGCUGUAGUAUUUACUAUUUAGAGUCAAGCAAAAGUCUUUAUAUAAGUACAAAUCCUUAUCUCCAAAGCACAGCCUUUUAUAUAUAUGAAUAGACUUAUUUCAAGAAUUGAACAGAAAGUUAAGUGUACAAAUCCUUUUUAUUCUGUUUUCUGCUUUAAAAAAAAAAAAAAAAAAAUUGUUCUUUCUCCAGACCCCCCUCUUCCCCACUUGAUGAUGAAUGAAUCACACCAAUUAAGGUCUAAACCAGAAAGAGACACAAUUUGUUUAACCUCAUUAUGGGUGUCAUUGUCUCAACCACAAAAGCUUUAUGGAAGUGAACAGCAUGCAAAUGUGAGGUCUCUGUAAUGACCAAAUAAUGAAUACUAAAUAAAAUAAUGAAAACAAUACUAAAAUUCUGUCUUCUGGAAACCAAAAAAUAUAAAAUAAAAAACCAGCUCCUAAAUGAUACAUCAUCUGAUUCAUACCACUAUAUUCUUAUCAUGAAUACUUGACUCUUCUUUUGCACACUGAAAUUGCUAAGUAAAUUAUAUGUCACUGACCACAAUAAUUGGUACAAUGUCACUAGGCACUAGUUGGGAAAGUAUAUAUACCUCUAUAUAUAUAAAUAAAUAAAUAUAUAUAAUAUAUAUAUAUAUAUAACUUUUUUUUAUAUUUUUUUGGGUGAAAAGAGAAAGCUAGUGCCUUUCAAAAAUGUGUGCCUGUGCUUAUCAGGGUACUGAAUAAGAAAAAAGCAGAUAGAGAAAUUAUUUUCCAGAAUAGUCAAGAAUUGUAUAACCAAUAUUCUGUGGGGAUGGUUCAUUUUUAGGGAAGUCCCCCAUUGUUAGGGAUCCAUAAAGCUCCUAGGUUAUACCUUCAUAGCAUCCCCACAAUUCAAAACUGUCAUCUCUCUAUAAUGUCCACUUUCCCACUUCCCUAUCUUUCCCUUUACUUCUUCCUCUUUCAGGCCCCUCCCUACUUGCACUACUGCUACUUUCUCUACCAAAUGUGAUGCAACAGUGACUGACAUAAAUCUCAACAAAGAACAUCAAAAAUAUAUACAUAUACACAUAGUUCAGAUUAAGAUGACUCAGAAUGGUGAUCAGAAAUCUCAGUCCACAACAAAUAUUCAAAGCCUGAGAGAAUUUUCAUUAUGAGGUUGAAAAGACCCUAGCAAUUGGGCAAAGCUAGCUCUCCUACUUACUCCAUUUUUUGGUUGAACAGUAAAGCAGUUUUUUUAUAAUAAUUAUUACAAGAGGCCAGCCUUUGCCUUGUAAAGAAUCUUAACUUAUUUCCAUACGUUUCUAUCAGGCACAAUACCCUCUUGGGUGUGUGUUAUACAAGAGAGUCAAGAUCAUCAUGAAUAAUCAAAAAAUAAAAAUAAAAAUAAAAAGGAAAAGAAAAUUUCCACAAGAUCCACAUGAAAAUCACGUGUAACAGGCUCCACAUGACUCCCUUCCUAGCCAUUCAUGCAGCAGUCUUUACUUACCAAUAUUAAUCUCAUUGAUGUUAACAUAACAUCGCAUUCACUGCAUCUUGUUCCCUUCUCAACAUAUCCUAAAAGUCAUCAGCUUCUUUUAUUUUAUAUACCAUAUGACAAAUUAGUUUAUCAAAUUUUAAAUACCAAUUUAUAUAAGAAAGUUAUAUUUUAUAAAUUGUUAACUAUUAGCCUACUGCAAUGGUUUCAUUAACUCUAUUUUAGUAUGUAUAGGUUCAUGCCUAAUCCUAACACAAACUUAAAGAAUUGUGAUAUAUAUAUAUAUAUAUAUAAUUAUUAAAGAUAAACCAAAAAAUUAUUUUAAAAAAACAAAGAAAAAAAAAAUUGAUAAGUAGGAAGGACCCCAUUAUCUGACUCCCCGCACACAGCUGAAACAGCAUGCAAAACCAGUAGGGGCCAACCCCGGCGAUUGCUCUCCAGCCGAAAAACUGUUCCCUAUAUUGUACAAAUCCUGACAACUGUAUUGCAUAUACAAAAUUAAACAGUAUGUGCAUCACCUUAAGGACCAUGCUCAUACAGAGAAAACAGUCAAUGCAAAUCCCUGACAUUGAAGCAGAGUAUGUGACACUUACUUUACUCGAUAUAGAAAUACAAUUCCCAAUGACAAGUAGAAAUAGGUAAGAAAAUUCUAAGUUAUGGUUAUAAAAUAGACAUGUGAAAAUUUUUUUAUUCAACUUUAUCUUCUCUCUCUCUUUUUUUUUAUUUAUUUUUUUUGUUUUUUAGCUCUCUCUACUUUUGAAACCUGAAUUGGACUUAUACGCAAUAGACAGUUAAGCUAGUGGACAGUCUAUAUAUACAUAUACGGAGAGUGUGUUUUUGACUAUGCAGCUCGAAACCUCCUCUUUAAAUUCUCAUCUCUACCUUUAGUUUUCCUUAGCCUCUUCUACACCUCUCCUUUUGCUUAUUUUUCCCCUCCAAACAACACCAAAUAGAAAGAUCUCUCUAGCUCUCUCUAGCUCUCUCUAGCUCUCUCUCUCUCUCUCUCUCUCUCUCUCUCUCCAUAUCUAAGAACACAUAUCUUUCUGGAUAAAUGGUGUCUCCUCUUUACACCUUAAUCAAACAGAACAACAUUAUUUACCUCAAAUUUUUUAUAAUCCUAUUCAUGAGUUGCAUACCCGACAGAACCAACCUAUGUUCCAACAGGAUUUUAGCAGCAAUACCACCUGAUCAUCAUGUAGACUCUUCUGAUAAUACCCUUUUGUCUUUGGAAACACUAAGCCUAGGUGGCUACUUGAGCUUUCAUGACAAUUACCAUGCAGCUAAAGACUUCGGCAAUACAUACCAUUUCCUUCCAUUAGCUGUUCUGCAUCCGAAAUCCGUUUCGGAUAUCUCCUCCACCAUAAAGUAUAUCUUCGAAAUGGGAUCUGGUUCGGACCUAACAGUUGCUGCUAGAGGCCAUGCCCAUUCCCUCCAAGGUCAAGCACAAGCCCACCAAGGCAUAGUUAUCAACAUGGAGUCGCUUGAAGAACCAGAAAUGCAAGUGUAUACUGGGGAGCUUCCUUAUGCAGAUGUUUCAGGUGGCCAUUUGUGGAUAGACAUUCUGCAUGAGACGCUUAGACAUGGGCUUGCACCAAAAUCUUGGACUGAUUACCUUUAUCUCACUGUGGGUGGGACUUUAUCUUAUGCUGGUAUCAGUGGACAGGCAUUCAAGCAUGGACCUCAGAUCGAUAACGUCUAUCAGCUUGAGGUUGUCACUGGGAAGGGAGAGGUUGUUACCUGUUCGGAGAACCAAAAUGCUGAUCUCUUUCAUGGUGUUUUAGGAGGGCUUGGACAGUUUGGCAUCAUUACUCGGGCUAGAAUUUCUCUCGAACCAGCGCCGAAAAUGGUGAAAUGGAUCAGAGUUCUGUACUCGGACUUCUCAUUGUUUUCCAAAGACCAAGAAUAUCUAUUAUCAUCCCAAAAUUCGUUUGACUAUAUUGAAGGGUUUGUGAUGAUAAACAGAACAGGUUUGCUUAAUAACUGGAGGUCUUCCUUCAAUCCCAAAGAUCCACAUCAAGCAAGCCAAUUCAGUUCAGAUGGAAGAACUCUGUACUGCUUAGAAAUAGCUAAAUAUUUUUAUCAAGGGGAUCCUCAUCCAAAAAAUAUUCUAAUGCAGAAGACAGAAAGAUUGCUGUCAGAGUUGAGUUAUAUUCCAUCCACUCUCUUCCUCUCUGAAGUCUCUUACGUUGAAUUUCUAGAUAGAGUGCAUGUAUCAGAAAAGAAACUCAGAGCAAAAGGGUUGUGGGAAGUUCCUCAUCCAUGGCUGAACCUUUUCGUCCCAAAGAGCAAGAUAAUCAAGUUCAAUGAGGAGGUGUUUGGCAACAUUCUUACAGAUGCUACCAGUGGUCCUAUCCUUAUCUACCCAGUGAACACAUCCAAGUGGAGCAAUAAAACCUCAUUGGUCACCCCAGAUGAAGACAUAAUAUACUUAGUAGCAUUUCUAUCCUCUGCAGUGCCAUCUUCUACGGGGAAAGAUGGGCUACAGCAUAUUUUGAAUCGAAACCAAAAAAUUCUAGACUACUGCGCCACAAAUCCUCUUGGUAUUAAGCAAUAUCUGCCCCAUUACAGCACUCGGGAAGAAUGGAAAGCUCAUUUUGGGCCUAAAUGGCAAGCUUUUUUACAGAGGAAAUCAGCUUAUGACCCUUUGGCAAUCCUUGCUCCUGGACAAAGAAUCUUCAAAAAGGCAAAACCCCUGUUACGACAUUAGCAAGCCACAAUAAGCAAGCCUUGGGGGUUGGACAACUGUAAUUUAAUGGAUGGUCAAGUCAAAAGAGUGUUGUUGAGUCUCCACGUCAAAUAUUUUAAGCAUAAAAGAAGAACCUGUUGGCCAUUGAGACAAUUUUUGUUGUUGAGACUAGAGAGCCUGGGAAUAAUGGGAAAUAAAUAAAUAUAUAUAUAUAUAUACACAACCAAACGUCAUGAUGUAAAAAUAGAAUCUUAAGGAUUAGAAAUGGCCUAGGUCUUUUUCUUAAUAUAUUAUGGGGGGAAAAAAAAUAAAAAAAAUGUUUUCUACUGUAGGUUUUUUCAGUUGGUUCCAUGUGUAACGUGUUUCCAUCAAUUCCUCUAAUAAAGAUACCACUCAGUGUAGAAAGACAGAUGGAAAAUCGUUUAAUUAACUAUGUUUAUAUUGU